GGUGUGGGCUGCCUCUGAUAGGAAUUAAUCAAAAUGGAAAACGUGACUGUGGAAAUGCAUAAACAGUAAAACGUGUUCUAAUAGAUUGCAUGUAUUAUACCCGUCACAGGAGGAUGCUUAGAAAGUUGGGAGCGACCGGAAUGACAGUUUUUAGUGUAGAAACACCGUUGAAGCUGGAUAGCUGGGAUACAGUCAAGAAGGUGGUAGACUCUUUGUAUCAGAUCGACAUAAGUGGAUCUGUAAAUGUGGAAGUAUCUGUGUGGCAAGCUUGAGUUCGACUGAGACAGCGCCAAACAGUAGAUGGCAGUAAUACGCCACAGUCGCGUAUAGCCUGCUGGAUCAAUAGAAGAAGAAGAAGAAGAAGAAGGAAGAAGAAGAAGAAGAAGAAGAAGAAGCAGCUGUAGUUUGACCCUGUGUGACUGUUCUUUGUUUGGACCGAUGAUCUUGGACCAGGUUCAUGGCUCUAAAAAUGAUUCAGAGCCUCCCGCUCAUCGGGCAGUUCGGGAUCCGUCAUUAUCCUGUUGGAGCCCUCUGUCCCGCCAGGCAUCUGAGUACCAGCAGUUAUACUCAGUCCUUGUGUGUAACCUGCCUGUGUACUUCAGCCGUCCGGUGCAUCAGACUACGCGGCUGCAGGAAGCGCCAAUCGGGGUAUGGCAUAAGGAACCUGACAAGUAUAGUUAGAGAGCCAUCUUUUGUGGCUAGCAGCUCUGUAGGACUUCACAAAGAUUCAGUCCCUCGGUUCCGUUUGACUCAGCUACACCGGCCCUCAGCGGCUGAAAAGCAGGUUUUCCAGAAACGUCUGGAGAGCUGUGCCUCUUCCCAACAGGUCUUCAAACUGCUGCGCUCAGUAGAGAUUAUGUCUGACAUUAUGGCUGCAGCAGCACUUCACCGUGUGGCUGACCUGGAGCAGGAGGGACAUGCUCUAAAGAAUCCUUCAGUACUGGAAAAUGACACUAUCCGGGCCCUGUGCUUCCAGCUGGAGCAGGAUUCUGGACGGCUGACAGAUGCUGGACUGGUGUCAGUUCUUCUAGCCUGCACACGCCUCUUUUUGGAUCCCUGGAGCACGUUGAUGGUGAGGCUGGUGUCACAGAGUCAGGCCAGGCUCGACAGGAGACAGAUGACUCUAGGACAGUUAUGUACCCUGGGCCAGGCGAUGCUGCAAAUGGAAGGUCCAAGUUGUGUGUUGCUGGAGCAGGUGAUGGAGCAAAUUCAGAAGCAGGAGCCUUCCCAGUGGAGCAUUGAAGAUAUUGUAGGCGUUUAUAGACUUCUGCAAGGUUGUGUAGGUGAAGAUGGAAAAUAUAGGGACCUGCUGAAUGCCAUGCACACCCAUGCCAUGACCAUCACUUCUCGAAUGAAUGCCUCUGCUGUUAGCAAUGUGCUAAGUGCGCUUGUUACCUUGAAUCAGAAGCAGGCCAUACCUCUUGUAAUCAAUUUAUGUAAGCAAGCUGUGCGGCAUGUACCUUAUUUCACCGAUGAUGAGCUAACUCAAGUACUUGGUGCACUAAUGCAUUUUGGUCACAGUGAUCAUUACUUUGUUGAGGCUGUGGUGAAGUAUGUUCCUACAGUGGCGUUCACCUCCCACCCAGAGACAGUUUCCAAGGUAGUGCAGUUCUUUAGCCGAAGGAACAUCCUGUCCCCCACUGUUUUUGAUGCAGUUGCUGAGAGCUUUGUGUAUCGAGCAAACGACUACAACACCAGCCAGAUAGCCAGGCAGAUCAUGGCUUUUGGGAAACUGGGCUACCUCCCACCUAAUGCCAGCCAGAUGUUCAAGAAAGUAGAAACCAUCCUGCACACUCGUUUUUCACAGUUCCAGCCUCAAACGCUGCUCAACCUGCUCCACGCCUGUACCCUGGUAGGGAGGUUUCCUGCCAAUUUUUUCUCCAAAAUUUUUCGCAGUUAUUUCCUCCAGCAGCUCCAAGGUCAGGACGCAGGAAUUGACCGGGCUGUUCUGGCACAGCUGACUCAGCUCUACUUGACUGUGAAGUUGGAAUGUCCUUUCUAUGAGGGUCCCAUGCUUCUUCCAAAGUACCGUGUCAAGUCUUUCCUCAUGUCUAGUUCAUCUCUGGAGACACCAGUUGAUCUGCAUCUGUACAACUCUGUGAAAAAUGGACUGGUAGAUUUACUGGGGAAUCGUUCGUACUUUGGCUCCAAAGUUCUGACACCGUACUGCUACACACUCGAUGUGGAGAUAAAACUUGAUGAAGAGGGAUAUGUGCUGCCUGCCAGGCAAAUGGAUGAUGUUUACAAAAGGAUAGCAGUCUGUAUUGAUGGACAAAAAAGGUUCACUACAAACAUGAGACAGCUACUUGGAAAAGAGGUCAUCAAGCAGCGACAUCUGCGGCUCCUGGGUUAUGAAGUUGUUCAGAUCCCGUAUUAUGAAUUUGAAAAACUGCACAACCAGACCAGUGUGCUGGAGUAUCUUCACCAAAAAAUCUUCCCUCACACAUUCAGGCUGAACUGGUGAUAAGAGGAGGAUGCUGUACACGAGCUGAGCUUCAUAUAGCUAAAACAAAUAUUUAUUUUUGCUAACAGUCAUUGAGCCAAAAGAU